ACAGGCAGAGUUGAGGGAGGACGCAAUUGAAAGACGCACGUACUGUAUGUUGAACUGUCUGAUAAAGAAGAAAACAACAGCACACAACAGUUAUGAAGAUGUCCUCUGAUAUAUAUAUAUAUAGCAGGACAAAUAGAUGACCUCAUGUCUAGACACACGUGUUCAGUACAUCUGUCUUCAUGGAGGAGAAGCUGCUCAAAGACUCAGAGGAUAACAGCGACUCCUGUGAGGAGGUGCAGGUCGGUGAACUGUCACACCGGUCCACAUGUUGUUCUACAGCUGAACCAGCAACAAGGAGACCACAACAACCAGGUAAAAAAAAGGCACAGAAAAGAAAGAAGAUCUUCAUGUCAGCCUGUACUGGACCGCUUUGACCAGCAGUACAGUCAGGAACUUGGCGGCCUGUGGGAGUCUGCAAGAGCAGUGCUCCUGGAUCCUCCCUCUUGGCAGUAUGGGGUCAUGCUCAACCGCUUCAGCACUGUGACCGGCAUCACACAGAUUCUCCAAUCACAGGGCUUUUCCACAUUGCUGCCACAUGCAGGUGUCUCCACGUUGCUUUGUGAUGGCCCCUCAACAUACCAAGCUGGAGAAGACUCUCUCUUGCCAACCGACUACAUCUCCAAGUGCCCUCCUAAUGACUCCCGUCUCCAACCGGACAGCGCCUCUCAUGCGCUCGAUCAGGACCUUCAAUCAGAGCCUUCACUCAGUUUGCCCCGUCCUACAUUACAGUGUUACAUCCAUCCGUACCCGCUGCGGUUUCCCUCCCAGGCUUACAGGCCUGGCCAGAUGAAGCAGUACUACCUCCUGAAUGCUGCCUCCCUGCUUCCAGUGCUGGCUUUGCAAGUCAGAGAUGGGGAGAAGGUUUUGGAUCUUUGCUCUGCCCCUGGGGGCAAAGCCUUAGCCAUAAUGCAGUGUGCCACCCCAGCACUCCUCUGCUGUAAUGAACCAGACCCUCACAGACGGGACUGGCUGGCCAAAACCCUGAAGUCUUUUCUGCCUCAGUCACUGAUCAGCAGAGUGGUCGUUUCCGCACAGGAUGGACGGUCUUUUGGGCAAAGUGAAGCAGGAAUAUAUGACAAGGUUUUGGUCGAUGCUCCGUGUUCUAAUGACAGGAGCUGGUUGUAUUCUGGCAGCAGCCAGCAGGGGGAACAGAGACUGAAGGAAAGAGGCAGGCUGCCUGCGCUCCAGGCUCAACUGCUUAGGUCUGCGCUGUCAGCGGUGCGUCCAGGGGGGGUUGUGGUCUAUUCAACUUGCACUCUGUCCAGCUCUGAGAACUAUGCUGUGGUUGAGACAGUGUUGAACGACUGUCCCGAGGCUGAACCCGAAGACCUGUGGGAGGAGGUUGCCAUUCCUUUAUCAAAGUACUUCACAUUUAGUCCUGCUCACCUUGCUCAUGGACAGACACCUCACAAGCCAUCCCUGCAGCCACAGAGUGGCACCUCGUCCUCUUAUCACCACAGACUCGGGAUUUUAGUGGUUCCUCAGCCCGGCAAGACCUGGGGACCCAUGUUUUUGUCUCGGAUUAGAAGAAGGGAAUAGUGUGGAUCCUCCUGUGCAGAAAAGAUAUGUGGAAACAAGUGUCUAAACAUACACUUUUUCCUUUUUUUAAGAUGCAAAGUACCUCAUGGAACUGGCUUGAAACAAACUAAUACUAACACACAUUUGACAUAAUAAUGUUGUGUUCACAACUUUUUUCCAAAACAAUCAGUAAUUGCAGAUUUACUUGUUUUCCUUGAGCUUUUGCAACCCACCCUCUUUUUAUUUAUUAUUAUCCUGAUUUAUUGUUUAUGGAAACUACUGACACUGCAGAUGUACAAUUAGAUGAUAUCACCUGAACAUUGAUAAUACUAUAAGACUGCAAUGUCAUAUUAAAAAUUCAUUCACAGUGUAUUCUGCUCUUAGUGAGUGUGAGUUUUAGUUUCUAAAUACUCUUUAAGUGGUAGUAGAAAACGAGAGAGGACAUUAUAAGACUUGGCACCACAGACACUCGCAUUGAGAAUCUCCAUCUUCCGAGCCUUGAGUCAGUAAAUCAGGUUGCAUUCAUUAAAUUUUAAUUACCUCCUGA